CAAUAGAAAAGGCAAUAAAUUGUCUCAUAGCGAGAAAGAAAACUUCCAUGGAGACGAAGGACGCCUGAGUGGGACCCAAAGUGGUAACGUUUGUACUUAUUUGCUGUUUUAGCCUGGCUAAUUGAUUACCAACGACUGAAAAUUUUAUGAGGUCCAUCAAGAGCGUGAAUGGCACGUGUAUGUGCUCCAUUCGGUUACCUAGCUUGUUAGCUAGCGCCCAUGCUAACCAGACCAGGAAGAUAAUCACGACUACCACAUCAAGUACCGUGUUGUGAUGAAGUUAGUAGUCCACUUUGUGUGAGGCUCCACAAACAUGUGGAGACGAGGCGGCCGAAGCGACGCUCUGGACCGGGCACAGGCGCUGUUGUCCUCCAAGAGAAGCAGCCGAGCAGCCGCCGAGUCCACGCAAACAUCCGCCACUAAAACCUCCACACAUGCGGACGUCAAAAGCCGCCAUGCUCCACCAAAUAUAAAUCAGGUGAUGUCAGACAUGAGUGACGUGUCCCAGGUGAGUUCCGAGCCAGAGGUCUGUGGUGCUACUCGGCCGGGGAAAAAACAGGAAGUUGAGGCUCAACCUCAGAGCCCCGUUGGAGGAGGCAGCAGGUACCUCAAGAAACCGCCUCAUCCUCCCAGCAGCCAAUCUCCCGUGAGGCAGCAGUCACACGUUGACAGACUGCUGUCCUCUUCCAGCUCACAAACGGCUGCUCUAAGGAGGCUCGCUCAAAUCGAGAGUCGGGUCCACAGUCGUCAGCGAGCUCCGGAACCACAACCUCUGAACCAGAUCCAAAGUCCAAGCUCUGAUGUGGGCCUCUCCUCGCUCUCCCAUGUCCCAGGAGCUCCUGUGCCCUCCUCAUCCCAGCCCAGCAGUCAGGAGGGGUUGCGGUUUCUCAAGAAAAACACAACUGGAUCUCCAGAGGACCUGCAUAAGGGUGUUGAGUCCAAACCAGCUGUGGCCUUGCUGCAGAAAGAUGUGGAAAGUGAUGAAGGCGAUGUGAGGAAGCUUGUGGGCGACGCUUUGGACCCACCAGACGAGAACUGGACCAGCACUUCACCCAGGAGCAGAGCAGAGCUGCAGCUCACCAGAAGUAGUCUGAGGUCUGCCUCGCCUUCUCCUCCCCCCUCUGGAGGUGGUCCCUCAUCAUCCUGCUCUCCUUCUCAGGGAAGACCCUUGUCUGAGGCCCGCCUCCUCCCCUCCCCAAGUCUACAGUGUUCUGACUCAUCCAGGUCAGCCCCAGAGGAGGUCUUCUCUCUGGAAGAACUCUUUCCUGUUGGAUGCAAUGCAGACGCCCCCCCCAGUGAGGCCAGCUCAGUCUCGUCCCAAUCUGACUUUGAGAUAAAUGUGAUGACGUUAGAUGAUCUCAACCCCGCCCCCUUUGCCACCGAGGAGACAGCCAGAGCACAGGCAGAUGUUGAGCACGUGGUUUCACUUCCUCUUUUGCCAAGCGACCAGUGGGUGGAGCAGGUGGCAGACUAUGAAAGUGACUUUGAGAGUGCCAGCAGAAGAGAGGCGGCCAAUGACGUCAGCAGCAGCCAGGUGUCAGAGCACCUGGCGGGGGGUGAGGAGGAAGAGGAUGUGGGUUCAGAGGUCAAAGAUCAUAUAGACGCGUCCCGGGUGAGGACGGAAGGAGACUACUCAAGCACUUAUUCAGACUUUAAAAAAUCCCACACCUUGCGGACCUCAGGUCAUAGUCAGAGAUCUCCCAGCAGUGACUCCAUGUUCUCCGUGCCACCUAGUAACCGCUUAAAAGAUGUGGCGGCACAGACGGAGGCAAACGCUCUCUGGUUCACAGGUUCUGCAGUGGGCAUGGAUUACACCACCCCCUCCAUGGCUCCUCCCACUGGAACUUCUGAACCAGAAGGCCUCGCCGCUGUCCAGCCUGACAUGUUGACACUCAACGACAUGCUGAGACAGCAGCUCGCCAUGACACGACGCUUCAUCGAAAGCAGCCGGCAUCAGCAUGCCAGCCUGCUGCAGAGCCUUGGACCGCCCAGCUACAGAUACGCCACUUUGGAGGACACCAUGCAGUACAUCCGUAAACACACACACACAAAGUGACAGUGCAAGUUCCUCAGGAGGAAUUUGACUCAUUGUCAUGGAUGUAAACUCAUGUCAAGGAAAGACUUGAACGAAAGGUCACAUCCAACAGAGAGAGGACAGGGUGUGGAGAUGCUCCACCUAAAUGGACUCAUUGUCCCUCAUGAGGACCUCCAAAUGGGACAUAGUGUGUGUGCCUGUGUGUGACAAUCAUCUCAUUCAUUUUAUACAGAACUUGUGAAAGACAUUCUUUUAUUUUUCUUGGACCAUCUUCUUUAUUACAAAUUGUGAUCUGCAUUAGAGUAUUUAUUUUUGACAAGCUGCCUUAAGGAAGACGUGAACAGGAAGUGACCGCCUGUUUAAAAAAUAAUAUUCCUUACAACCAACCAUGAGAGAAGUACUGUGGGUUGAGGGUAGGGAUUCUUUCGGGGGCCAUGAGGCUGUUUGAAGGCACAAAUGCUGGUCCAGUUAUGAGUUCUCAGUAGGGGUCGUUAAAAGGAUAGUGAGGAUGCCCCGCAUCCCGAGGAACUCGCUUCCCGUCCACCUGCAAUACAGAGAGCUCACAUAAAACUCCAUGAAAUUGUUUGCCACACAGGGUGUGUGUCCUCAUUGUUUACUUCCUGGGUCACAGAGGCAAGCAUCAUGACCAGGGAUGCACCGAUCCACAUUUUUCACUUCCGAUCCCGAUACCUGAAUUUGGAUAUCUGCCGAUACUGAUACAAUUCUGAUACCAGAGCUUUGUUUGCCUUAAUAUGCAACUACACUGAAAGAAUAUCAGCAAAGAAGUAGCUACAAAAAUAUCAGCGAAUGUUGCUGUCUCCACACAUGCAGUGCCACACAUACACACACGCUCAGCCUGAUGCAUUCAUGGCUUCACAGAAAGUAGGACAAGAUAGAACUUCACACAGAACACCUGGAUACAGUAGCUAUCAUUGUUGCUAAUUUUACAUUAAGCUGUAAUAAACUCCUACGAUGUUGUAGUGGCCGAGAAGUUUUAGUUUUGUGUGUUUUGCGUGGCCAUGAGCAUGUCAAGCCUGUGUCUGUGUGCGUAUGCGCGCGCGAGGGGGAUAGCUGCAGUGGAUGUGUGGAGACAGCUACGUUUGCUGAUACUCUGUUGGCCCCUUUAGCUGACAACAUUAAAGCACACACGUGGAUCAUGGCUCGGCAAUCUCCACAGGUGGUAUCUGCAAUUUCCAAUACACAAAUUACACUGGUAUUGGAACCCCAUAGCGACACUGGAUCGGGUCAUCCCUAAUUGUGACAACAAGAAUCCUACUACAACAGUCCCAAUGGAGCAGUCCACUUACCUGGAUCAUAGGAACGAUGUAGCGCCAGUGUUUAUUCAAAGCCGUGACACUACUCAUCUCCGCCGCCUCCAGUGUGAAGUCAAACACCUGACAAGCCACCACCGUGACAUCAUCAGCACCGCUUUUGCUGCAGCGACAUUAGCAUUUCAUAUUUAUGCACACCUGAAUAUUCUCUCGGAUUCGGGCCUCGGUCACGCUCUUGGGGAUGGUCACCACGCCGCGCUGCGUCUGCCACCUCACCACACAGAAAUCACGAUUAGUGGGCGGGUACCAUGUGUUCAUCGACCAGUGAAAACUGACGAAUAAUUUGAUUCAAAUGUCUUCACUAAAAAAAUGAAAAUACAUGAAAAUGAACUGGUGUGUGAAUGCAGAGUUGCUGGUCAAAUACAUCACAGCAUAUUACAGCAACCCCCAGCUAACGUAGACAUAUGCCCCUUAGUGGCUGUGAGCAUUAUAAUGAUGACAUCUGAUGGGACAUAGGAUGUGCUACAAGUAUAAUCUUCUGGUGAAGUUGUGACUUUUGAUUGUCAUCCAAAAAAUAUGCAAUAUUUCAUUAUUUUUGUUCUUCAUUUUGUUUUUUAUGGAUAAAUUAAAACUUUAGCAUUCAGCAUACUCUCUCUGCCUUCACAAGCUAGGCUUCUAGAUGGUUCUGUGCCAGUCUGGUUUUCACCUAAGGAUGAUCUGAGCAGGCGAUUUCUUGUAUUUGUUGGCCAGCGUGGCAAUGGCGAGCUCAUCCAGCAGGACGGGUUCCUCUGGAUGUUUCCAGGUGCGGUCCGGGGAGCCGAGGGGGCUGUACGCUGUCAUCACCAGGCCCCGGGCCCUGCAGUGGGCCUGCAGUUCCACCUGGGCCAGGUAGGGGUGGCUCUCUACCUGCUCCAACCAAACACAAAGUCACAAGUUGAAGACCGGCUGCAUUAAUGACCUCAUAAGUAGGGAUGUUCCGGUCGAUCGAUUUCCGUGAUCGGCAUAUGCCGAUAAAUGCCUUUCAACGCCAAUCAAAAAAGCCGAUCACCUCUGGCUUGUACUAUUGCAGCAUGCAGCCUGUAGUGAGCCUCCCCCGCUCAAUUUCCUUCACACUGCGCAGGCAUGCCAAACCCAAAAAAAUCAUGUCUAUCACGUGGAACUUACCUGCUGUUUGUGAGAGUGAUAUAAAAUUUGCACCCUGCAAAACAUGCCACGAAUAAUAUCUCGCUGGGGUAGCACGUUAAAAAGUUUUAAUAUGGCAUUUGAAGAACAAACUUGACGAAGUACGGUGAGUUUGAGGCUCACGAUGUGAUCAUCAGUCAAGUUGCAGCUAGUAUGGCCAUUGCUGGACAACACUCGCCCUCGUAUGUGUGACAGUGAAAAGUCUAAAGCAUAUACUGUAAAGCCAAAUAAUAACUGAAUUCAACAACGGGA